AUGAAGAUGUUCUGCUGCUUGACAGGCGGUGUACAACGUACGCUAACACCCCAGAUAAUAAAGGAGAGGGAACAGAGACGCACAACGCAUCUCAUCAUUCAGAGCCAGAGAACAACUGUGUUUUUUGAUGUAAUAAAUCUAUUGUUACAACCUCGCGGAGCAGAUGAUGAUGAUGAUGAUGAUGAUGAUGAUGAUGAUGUCUCCAGGAAUUCAGUGCAGGAACAAGACGUGGUUCUCCAGUCCAUUGAUCGAGCCAUCGAGGCCAUACACAACGCCGCCAUGAAGAACGCUGGCAAGUACAACCUGGAGCAAAGAGAUGUUCUGCAAAAACUUAUCCAUCAUAGGAAGGAGACCCAGUCUCGGAAAACCCAUUCACCGACCAGCCAAUCAAACUCCUUGACCAUCUCAUCCAGCGACUACCACUUGGAUUCUGGCCGCCAGCCUAACGGUGUAUGUCGGAGUGGUUUUGACCGUCACAUGAGUUUACCCAACUCUGAGGUGACGUCUAAGGAAGACAUCGCCUACCAGGUUCCCCCUCAGGCCCGUCGUGCUGCUCCUAUCACUCCUCCUCCCCCAGAGAAACGCAGAAGUGCCCAGACAAACCAAACUACUAAAAAUAACACUGACAAAUCUUCCCGGCCCAUACUGAACAUGUCCACUACAAGCGUGUCGUCUCUUGACACAGCCUGCACGGCUUCCACAGACUCUUGUCAUAUCUCGGCAACCUCCAGUCCCAGUAACACCCCACCACCAGUCCCCAGUAGAAGUGUGCACACUACAGUGUCUCAGAGCCCGGAAGCCUGCACCAUAGUCCCCGGAUCCCUGAGCUCCCACAGUAAGCGGGCUGCCCCAGGGCCACCGGAGCAGGAAAGUCGCAUCGAAGGCCAUCAACAUGCACGGAGCAAGCACACGGCGCCAGCCCCUCCCAGCAUGGAAGCGUUCAACUCUGUCACUCAUGACAGCAAAUCAAAAGAACCUUUGAAACCCGCCUCCGUGGAGCCUAUAUGUGCGGCCAGCAAUGUGCCAAAGUCCAUCGGGGCGGAGUUAAUCGAACUGGUUAGAAAGAACACCAACCUUAGCUAUGAACUGUCUCGUGUGGCUAUUGGAGUGAUUGUCGGACACAUCCAAUCAUCGGUACCGUCUACCGGGCCAGUGAUGGAACAGAUUCUCAUCUCUUUGGUAGAAAACAAGGAUUGCCGCUCUGGGUUACCAUCUGGGCAGAUCUGCCAUGACGAGCAGCGUUUGGAGGUCAUCUUUACAGACCUGGCCCGGCACAAAGAUGAUUCCCAGCAGCGGAGCUGGGCCCUGUACGAAGAUGAGAAUGUCAUCCUUUGUUAUUUGGAGGAGCUCCUGGUUAUUCUGACAGAUGCAGACCCCGAAGUGUGCAACAAGAUGUGCAAGAGGAACCAAUCUGAGGCCGUCCUGUCUCUGGUGGCCUAUUAUCAGAUGGAGCACAGGGUUUCUCUGCGUCUGCUGCUGCUGAAGUGUUUCGGGGCCAUGUGCAAUCUGGACGCUUCCAUCAUUUCAUCAUUGGUUAACUCCGUUCUUCCUAUGGAGCUGGCUCGUGACAUGCAGACGCAUACCCAAGAACACCAGAAAAUGUGUUAUUCAGCUUUAGUCCUUUCCAUGAUUUUCUCUAUGGGAGAACCUCUUCCUUAUCACCAUUACGAGCAUCUCAACUCCCAGUUUAUCCAAUUUUUACUGGAUGUCAUCGAGGACGGCCUGCCUUCUGACACCACCGAGCAGCUGCCGGAUCUGUUCAUCAACGUGCUGCUGGCCUUCAAUCUACACAUAGCAGUUCCAGCGAACAACGUGAUUAUGAAGACUCUGCGCAAGCGACCCAAUGUCAAGAUACUGACAGAGAAGCUUCUUCUGCUUCUGAACAGAGGCGACGAUCCCGUCUGUAUCUUCAAACAUCAGCCGCAGCCGCCGCACUCCGUUCUGAAGGUCUUACAGGACGUGUUCGCCAGCUCAGAGACCGCGAACAUCUUCUAUCACACGGAUAUGAUGGUCAUGAUCGAUAUCAUUGUCCGCCAGAUAGCAGAUCUGUCUCCUGGAGAGAAGCUCCGCAUGGAAUACUUGUCAUUGAUGCAUUCUAUCAUCCGCUCAACUGCCUACGUCCAGCAUCUCCAUCGCCGCCAGGACCUGCACAGCAUAUUCCAGCGAAUCCUUGACGAGGAGGACGAAGGGCCCCACUGUCAAAUGGACAAAAUGAUCAUCCGGCAGAUCUACAAAGAGUUCCCUCAGCUGUCGCCCGAGAGCGGCUGAACGGGCACCGCCGCGUCAGAGUUUACAAAUGUUUACACGAUCCGUAUAUAAUCUUUCUGUGGGAGCCCCGACCGGUCUGCGCGGCUUGUUUACAGAGCAGUAUUAG